AUGCCCCGUGCUGCCAGCGGACUCCAGCUCCUCGCGCUUCUGCUGCUGCUGCGCAGGAGCAGCUCAGCUGUCCAGAACAACGCCACAGAGUCAGAUAGUAUUCAGCUGGUCCACGAUACUCGAGAGGAGCCGGUUAAUGAAGACACGAACCAGGCGAGGAACGGCGGGAGACGGCUGGCUGAUCCUGUGCGUAAUGGCCCAGACCAGAGCCAGGUGGGCUGCAGGGAGCUGAGGGCCACAAAGUACAUCUCUGAUGGCCAGUGCACCAGCGUCAACCCCAUCAAGGAGCUAGUGUGUGCUGGGGAGUGUCUGCCAGCCCACCUGCUGCCCAACUGGAUCGGGGGUGGGGGUUACACCGGGAGGUACUGGAGCCGCCGCGACGCCCAGGAGUGGCGUUGCGUCAUUGACCGGACCAGGACUCAGCGGAUCCGGCUGCAGUGCCAGGAUGGUAGCGCUAGGACCUACAAGAUAACUGUGGUGACCUCCUGCAAGUGCAAGCGCUACUCCAGACAGCAGAAUGACUCAGGACACAAGGAUACACCUGUCCACAGUGGAAACCAAGGGAAAAAUCAGAGGAAGGCUGGACUGCCUGAGGAGAGAGCCGGGAGAUAG